CCUCUGACCUCGCUGAUCAACACGAAAACACGCCGCCAUUUCACUCGCUUCGUUGUUCUGUGGGUAGAUUCUGACGGUGACUUGCAGUCUAGCUGGCAUUACAUCAGAAACCGGGAGAUUAGAGCUUGAUUCGCGGCUCCUAGACAGUGCAGUGGUGAAGUGUCUGACAUUAUGAGUACAAAUGGGUUCAGCACAGAGGAGGACAGCCGCGGGGGUCAUGACCAGAUCUGUUGCUUGAUUGACAGCAAUGAGCGUUGUACGCGGCAAGCCGGCAAUGCCAGUUACAGCAAGCGCAUACAGAAAACAGUUCAGCAGCGAAAACUGAAGCUCACCAGGGAUGACAGUGUGUCACACAUCUACAUCUGUGACUUCCACAAGAGCAUGAUCCAGAGUGUACGCAGCAAGCGGAAGAGGAAGGACAGUGAGGACGACAGGGGAUCACCUGAUGGAGACGAUGAUGUACCGGAGAUUGACUUUUUCCAAAUGCCUGUGAAUGCCCUUCGACGUUACAAGCGCCAUUUCAAAAUCUCCACACGUCCUGGCCUCAACAAAGCACAACUAGCUGAUGCUGUUGCCCGACAUUUCCGUACUAUCCCUGUUGUUGAGAAAGAGGCUCUGACCUACUUCAUCUAUAUGGCAAAAAACUACAAGAGUCGGUUUGACCAGAAAUACAUUGACACAGUCCACAGCUAGUCAAACUCAUGUUUAUUUUGUGUAUAUUUUACAUAUAUUGUUUUGAUGUUACAUUUGAACUCCAUUCUCAUUUUGUAUGUUAUUGUGUGAUACCAACACGACCAUAGAACAAUAUGGAAAAUAAAUAAUGUAUAUGUAA